AUGACAGCCCCUUCCAGCAACCGCAGGGGAAAGAAUCAGAGCAAGGGGUGUAGGGAGGCAUUGACAGGGGGUGAAGCCUAAACAGGGGUGGAGCCUGUAUUGAGGCCAUCAUAAGCCCUCUCAUCAAGCUGCACUUCUACCUCAGGGGGCAUUGCCCCGUUGCCCCUCCUGGAUCCGCCACUGACUAGAGAAUGCCUGCCAUCCCCUACAGGAGCAAGUGAGCCUAAGAGCACACGUCCACAGAGUUAUGAGAUCUUACAUGUUGUCCUGGCUCCUGCUUUCCUCUACCCAGCCACAGCUAUCUUCUUGCUGCGUAUGCGCGACCUCUUGGAGUAAAAUCUGAGGUUUUUCAAUGAAAAUACUUUGAUUAGCCAUUUCCCUUGAAAAUGGGGAAGGGGGGUUCAAAGGUUGCAGGUAUAAGAACUAUGUAAUAUAUACACAUUAUGACUGCAGUGUAAAAUAUGUACCAAAUUAAUGAGAAUUAAUGAGAAUUAGGUCCUAAAUUAUGUCUUUCUGCAUGAAUUGAUAUUGAACUGACAUGCAGUAAUGAUUUUCUUAAUGUUGUGUUAAAGAGUACCUGUGUGUGUUCAUCCUUAAUUUAUUUGAUUGAUGGUUUCACCAAUGUAAAAUGCCUGGUCACAGUUCCUGCAUUUAAUCCAGGGCCGGCCUUAGGUCAUUAGGCUCCCUGUGCAAAAGAUCUUCACAGCGCCCCCUCCCCCGGUCAUCCCCCUUCAUCCUUGUAUAGUGUGUGUAUUUAUAGGGGUGUAGUGUUUGUAUAGGGGAUUUAUUAAAUUAAUAAUUAUUUACAUACAAAUAUUGAUAAUUCCAUCCCUGUUGUUACUUUGUUGAGAGAGGUUACAGUCACACACACACACACAUGCAUAUAGUCACGCACACAGGCAGACAGUCACAACCAGUUAUAGUCACACAGGUAGACAGUCACACACACAGGCAGACAGUCACGCACACAGGCAGACAAUCGCACGCAGGCAGACAAUCGCACACAGGCAGACAGUUGCACACACUCACACACAGUUACAGUGACACACAGGCAGAAAAUCACAAACAGGCAGUCACACACACAGUUACAGUAACAUACAGGCAGACAGUCUCACACACACACACACACACACACACAGUUACAGUAACAUACAGGCAGACAGUCACAUACACAAACAGUUACAUUCACAUACAGGCAGACAGUCACACACACAAAAGGUUACAGUCACACACAGGUAGUCACACACACACACACACCAAUUACAGACACACACAGGCAGACAGUCACACACACAGUUACAGUCACACACAUGGAGACAGUCACACAAAUGGAAAGUUACCUCUUUCCUUUAUGGGAUGGAAGGGAGGAGUGAAGGCAAUUGCAGCUCCUGGAGUCUUGUUAGCUGUUUCAGCUAUUGGAGUUGUUUAGAGAGCAGGGACUCGUUUCUGCUUCCCUUUUGCUGUGCAUGCUUCUGGGUACGUUUAGCUCCAUCCCUGCUGCCUGGUAAACCACAGCCCUAACACUAGGUGUCACACUGCCAUGGUUUUGUUUUUUUUAUAGUCCCGGGUGGAUAAUAAUGAAUCCUCCACUCGGGUAGCAGGUGCACACACUUCACACCCAGCCAAGUGUGAGCUGUGUCGGUCGCAUGGCACCCCCUGCUGCCAUUAAACCCUUUGCGGCUUCACAGUUUGUAUACCACUAGGGCCGGUCCUGACUCAAUCAUUUGUAGAACAUCUCAAAUGUACAGGAAAACGAUACUUCAUGUUUUAUGUUUUGUUGUUUUUAGUAGCAUGUGAUUUGUGCAGAUAUGAUGACACUGUUUGCAGUGUGGUUUGUUUCAUUGUGUGCAGGGUGUUACCCCAUUAAUAUUCCUAAAACCUCAAUCCCACAUUGAAUCCAGGAAGUAUGCACAUUUUAAAUCAUCAUUUUUUUUUCAUAGGAUCCCUUAAACAGGUGGAUGCAGGGGGCAGCAUAUUCCUAGGUGGAGUGAACAACAUUGAACUUGUUUAUUGCCUGAACCAGGAUCUCACUCUUUCCAAGGGGACGACUCUCCCUCUCACUCAAAUUGAGGGAAGGCUGAAGUAUUAUAGCUGUGGUCGUUAUGGGUGCUGGGGAGUAAAUGCAUUUGGUGAUUUAUUUUAUCGACUGAAUGUGAGUCCAAAUGAUUGCAGUGGCAAAGGAUGGAGACAGGUGUCAGGGAACAUGGUUAUGGUGGAAGCUGGUACAGAUGGAUCACUGUAGGGAGUUAACAGCGUUGGCUUUGUAUACAAAAGGUAAACCUUUUAGUAGCAUUAAUGAAAUAGAGAAUAUGUACAAGAAAUAUAAUUGUGUAGCAAUAACUGAACUAAUGCACCCAAGUACCUAAGUAUUAAUCCACUCAGGAGCUUAAAUCCAUACAGUUAACAUAUUAGCAAAAUUUGAUUAUUUUUAUUUUCAAAACAUUAUAUUUUUUGUAAAUAUAAAAAAAAAAAAACAGAGGCAAUGUAUAUGCAUAACUAGAUAUGUCAUUCCUAUAUUGUAUUAUGGGCAUGAUAGGAUAGUUUGUAACUUUAGUGUCCAGUGUCACCUGCAAAGUUAGUCCAGGCAGGCGCUGUAGGAGACUAGGCAAAGAUGACUAUAAAUUGAUAAUUGUACCUGUUUUUUUCCCACAGAGAAGGAAUUUCUUUUUCGAGCCCAGAAGGAACAUACUGGUCUAUGGUGUAUGUACGCGGUGCAUUUAAACAUGUUUCAUAUGAUAAUGGAUUUCUAUGGCUUCUUAACUCAAGUGGAAGUAUCGUCAAAUGUAACACCAACUAGUUUGCAUGAGCAUCAAUUAACAGACCAGCUCUCUGUUACUGUUACUGAAUCCUUUACUGUCUUCUAG